UUAGACUAUUAGAUAAAAGUAAAACAACAGCUGUUUUUAAAUCUAUGCAUGAACAAACAACUAUAAAGAAAUUUACGCUCUCAACAUGAUCACUAUUCAACAAAUAGUAAGACGCUCUGUUUGCAAACAAUUUUAUGCUGGAUCACUUCCAAUAACAGUGAAACACAAAAACUUUGCUACAAAAUGCUCAAGCAAUGAAAUUACAGAACAACAUCCAUUGAAGGGUAUAAAAAUCUUAGAUCUUACACGCAUUGUAGCGGGUCCAUAUUGUACCAUGAUUCUAGCUGAUAUGGGAGCAGAUGUAUAUAAAAUCGAAAGACCCUUUGCCGGUGGUGACGAAUCUAGAAAAUGGGGUCCUCCUUUUCUAAAGGAAAGUAAAGACGCUACGUAUUUCUUGGCAUCCAAUCGUAAUAAGAAAAGUGUUUGUCUCGAUUUGAAAAAAGGAAAAGACAUUAUUUACGAAUUGGCUAAAAAAUGUGAUGUUCUAGUGGAAAAUUAUGUUCCUGGUAAAUUAGAUGAAUUGGGCUUGGGUUAUCAACAAAUGAAACAGAUUGCACCGCAUUUAAUCUAUUGUUCCUUAACCGGUUAUGGCUCACAAGGUCCGUAUGCCAAAAGACCUGGCUAUGAUGUUAUAGCUGCUUCUAUGGGUGGUUUACUUCACAUCACUGGUGAACGUGAGGGUCCCCCCAGUAAGGUAGGUGUAGCCGUUACUGAUGUAGCCACCGGUCUGUAUGCUCAUGGUGCUAUAUUAGCUGCUCUACUGCAGCGCCAACGUACUAACCAAGGCCAGAAAAUUGAUGUUAAUCUACUCUCUACACAAGUAUCCUUGUUAAUUAAUGUUGCCUCCAACUAUCUUAAUGCGGGCUUAGAAGCUCAACGCUGGGGUACAGCCCACUCAAGUAUAGUGCCUUAUCAAAGUUUCAAAACUCAAGAUGGUUACUUAACAAUCGGCACUGGUAGUGAUCAACAAUUCCAGGAAUUAUGUCAAAGACUUAAUCUGCAACAGUUAGCUGAAGACAGUAAAUUCAAGACUAAUCAAGAUCGUGUCAAAAAUCGUCUAGAACUUAUUGCAACAUUGGAGAAAAUUUUAUCACAGAAAUCCUCCAAGGAAUGGAUGAAAUUAUUCGAUAAAGUUUCUUUUGCUGUGGGUCCAGUCAAUAGCAUUCACGAAGUAUUCGAAGAUGAACAUAUUAAGGCAAUUGAUCUUGUCAAAACUUUGCCACAUCCUCAAGAUGGCAGUGUUAAGGUGGUUGGUCCACCAGUCGUGUUCAGUGAUGCCAAAAAUGAUGCACGCACUGCACCUCCCGUCUUGGGUCAACAUACUGAUGAAGUUUUGCAAGAAGUAUUGGGUUAUACAAAAGAACAAAUCAAUGAACUUAGAAAUAAGAAAAUUAUUGAAUAAAAAGUCUGAUGUUGAAAUGAGAUUUUGUAAAUAUGAACUAUAUGUAUGUACUGUGAACUGAUAAUGACUGCCUAUGAUAAGACAAAAUAAAAUAUGUAUAAAUUAAAAUUGUGA